AUGUAUCCAAAAGAAGAAGUUGCAAUAUCAGUGUCUCCCAACACUCUAUUAGAUCCAAAUAGGUAUGUUUGUGAAGUUUGCUACAGAGGCUUUGCAAGAAGGCAGAAUUUGACGCUUCAUCGACGAGCUCACAAUCUUCCAUUCACUCUCAAGACAAGAACAUCGAACGAACCAUCACCAAGAAAGGUGUAUCUAUGUCCUGAGCCCACGUGUGUCCAUCACAACCGUUCUCACGCCUUAGGAGACUUUGGCGGUGUUAGGAAACAUUAUUUAAGAAAACAUUGUACUACGAAGAACUUUAAAUGUGACACAUGCGGCAAGGCUUACAGUGUUGAGGCUGACUUGCGAGCGCAUUCAAAGGUUUGUGCCAAGAAAAAAUAUGCUUGUCGCUGCGGCAGUUGUUUCGCCAGGCGUUGUGACGCACCAGAGCAUGUGGGCACAGCCAAAUAUCAACAAACGCUCAACGUAGAAGACAGUGCAGUCAAAAGCACUAGAAAUGACAACAGCAGCAGCAGCCUCAUAGGCUCGGUUAUGUCACAUCCGACAACAUUACUCUUGGGAGAUAACUCGGUCAGAUUUAAUAGCAAUGAAAACAACUACAACCUCAUAGGUCCGCAAAUUUCGUCCAUCCAAAACCAGCCCAAUCCUUACCAUUCUAUCGCGUCCCACCAGUAUCAACUAUCUCAAAUCGGAGAAGAUCAUCGCAUGACCAACCCUUACGACGGCUUAAACUUCAGCAUGAGUCACCCAUACCAACAUGAGUCUCAGAUGAAAAGUGAUGUAGGCUUGUACACGGAUGUCUCGAUAGACAAGAUCCCAUUACACAGUCUGAAUCUUGAAGAUGGUGGCACUAGUUAUAGAACUGGGGAAGGCUCAAAUUCAUUUCCGAAUGCUAGUUAUAUGUUUGAUCCUUCAAGCUCUCUUAAUUUGACACCAGCUAUGCAUAACACUGGUCAAGAUGGAAUGUUGAAUCCGAUGAAUGGUAUUAGGGAUGCUGGAAGCUACGGGUGUGGCAGUUACUAUGGUUACGGUUAUGGUUAUGGUUAUGGUCAUGGAAGUGGACAGUUUGACCAUGGAGGUGCAAUGGAAGGGGGCAACUGUGAAGCAUCAGCGGCAACUGCACGAGCAGUAGCCCCAUCCGAAUCGCACUUGAACCAACAUGGCUUUUGGUUUUGA